AUGCCCCGCAACCGCCGCGGCCGGCAGCGCAAGAAGCGGACGGGCAAGGCGACCACGGCCACGGCCACCACGGCCACGGCCACCACGGAGGCCACGGUCACGGCCACUCCCGCAGCCGGGCCACGGUAUGCGGUGCCACAGGCUGUGGUCAAGUCGCUACGGAAGGAGCUGGUCGGAGGAGUCGUGCCGAAGGAGCUGAAGGAGGCUCACCAGGAGGUGGUGGAGAGGAUGCGCGACAUGGCCGACAACGCUGCCGACGACGACGCCGGAGACGAUGGUGACGGCAAGGCGGAUGGAAGCGGAUGGGCAGACGAUGGAGGUGCUGGCGCGGUGGCGAUGGAGGUCGAGGGCGGGAAGAGCUGGAGCAGGCCCGGCGAGACGCGCAGGCAGCGCAAGGUCCGGCUGCAGCAGGAGGCGGUGGCCAAGCUCAAGGUGGCUGUGGCCCGGCCGGAGCUUGUGGACUCGGCGGAUGUGUACGCCCGAGAUCCGCAUCUCUUGCUGCAUCUCAAGGGCUACCACAACUCGGUGCCGGUGCCGGUGCACUGGAACGCGACGCGCAAGUACCUGGCAGGUAAGCGGGCGGCCGACAAGAUCCCGUACGUGCUCCCGCCGUACAUUGAGGCCACCGGUGUGGCGCAGAUGCGCCAGGCCUUUGUCGACUCGCAGGAGAGCAAGAGCCUGCGUCAGCUCGGCCGCGACCGCAUGCGCGGCAAGAUCGGCCGCAUGGACAUGGACUACCAGGUCCUCCACGAUGCCUUCUUUGUCCACCAGACCAAGCCCAAGCUAACCGGCCACGGCGAGCUCUACUAUGAAAACAAGGAGCUAGAGGUCGACCACUCGGCCGCCAAGCCCGGCGUGUACUCGCAAGAGCUCAUGCUCGCGCUGGGCAUGCAGCCCGGCGGGCCGCCGCCGUGGCUCAUCAACAUGCAGCGGUACGGCCCGCCGCCGAGCUACCCGGGGCUCAAGGUGCCUGGUGUCAACGCGCCGCUUCCGCCCGGCGGGAGCUACGGCUACGAGCCCGGCCAGUGGGGCAAGCCGCCGGUCGACAUCUUUGGCCGCCCGCUCUACGGCAACGUCUUUGCUCCGCCCGAGCCCGAGGGUCCGGCGCCUGGUGCCGCCAUCAAGGGUGCUGCCCGUGCGUGGGGCGAACUCCUCGACGACGAGUUUGACGACGACGAUGAUGACGACGACGAGAGCAGCUCCGAGUACGAAUCUUACGACGACGACGAUGACGACGAUGCCGUCAACGACGACAGUGGCGCCGGUCCUGCCGGCGGCAACGUCGCCCACAUGGACGUUGUCUCGGCGCCGGCCAUGGACGAGCCGGCGCCGGCGGUCCACGAGCGGCCGCUCUACACCGUGCUCGAGCAGCGGAGCGCCACUGUCGGCGCAGGUAGCCUCAUGGGCUCGGCGCACACGUACGCCAUCCCGGUCACCGACGAGGCGCAGCUGGCCGACCCGCAGUUCCUCGCCAAGCACGCGGCUGCAGCCGAGGCGGCAGGCGCCAUGCCGGCGGCGAGCAGCAAGGUGGCGGGCAAGAGCAAGGUGCGCGUGCCCGACGCGUCGAACUUCAAGUUCUGAGGCGGGAGAAGGCGCGUGAGGAGAAAGCGGACGAUUUACUCGGUCUUGACCGGCUUCUUCUUCUUGGGCAUCAGCAUGGGCACCACAAUCAUGGAGCCGAUGGUGAGGACGUGGCCGAGGAAGAGCUCGGCCUUCCAGAUGCGCCACGAGGCGUCCCAGGCCAGAAGGGUAAACGGCGUGCAGGUG